GCCGCCGCCGCCGCCGCCGCCGUGUUGCCCUUCCCCGGCGCACAUCCAUGAGUGUCGCCCCGAGCGGCCCGGCCACAGACACCGGAUCUCAUGCCCGGCAAACCCUGGCGGCGCUGGUGUCCGGCGGCGCCGCGUCGCUGGUCUCAUGCCUGCUCUUCCAGCCUCUGGACUUGCUGAAAACCCGCCUGCAGCAGCCGGUCCCCGGGGCGCUGUCGCCCCGGCCGGGCAAUGCGCCGGCCGGUGCUUCGGCCAUGGCAGCCAGCGGGCCCCGGCCGCCGAGCAGCAUCUCCCAGGUGUCGAGGGAGAUCCUGCGAACGCACGGGCCGGCCGGGUUCUGGCGCGGCUCGCUGGCCACGGUGUUGCGCACGGUCCCCGGGUCGGCGCUCUACUUCGGGGCUCUGCGAUUGGGCCGCAGCCGGCUGGACGCCCUGGCGGCCGGGGCACUGCAGCCGGCGUGCAGUGCAUGCCUGGCAGCCGACGCCCCGGCGACCGGGGGCCUGGCCAGAUCACGGCGCAGCUGGCCAGCCACCCAGCAAGGCGCCGCGUGUGUCCUCUGCACGCGGCCCGUGGGACCCGGGGCACUGAGUGUCUUCCUGCCGGAGGGGGCCCUCUCGGAUGUGCUUCUCCGGAGUUCUCAGCAGGAGCUUGACCUGGCUUUGGCAUUUGCGGCGCGAUCCACCAUCGCCGGGCUCCUGAAUCCGGUGUCCGUGGUGAAAGCGCGUUUCGAGAGCAACUACUAUGCAUAUCGGUCGCUCGGGGAGGCGAUGCGGGCAUUGCUGGCCUCCGAGGGCCCGCGCGGGUGGCUGCGUGGACUCGGGGCCACGGUUGCACGCGAUGCCCCAUACAGUGCCCUGUACUACUCGACGUACCGCUCCCUGCAGGGGGCCAGCCAGCAUGCGCUUGCCGCGCGCGAUGUGGAUAUCCCAGCACCGGUGCGGAACUUCGCGUGCGGCGUGGCAGCCGGUGCGCUGGCCACGGCCUUGACACACCCCUUUGACGUGGUGAAGACGCGCGCGCAGCUGGCCCCGGGGGCCUAUCCCAACUCCCUGCGCGCGCUGCUAUCGUUGGCCACGGCGCCGGACAUGGGGUUCCUGGAGGUGGGGCGCGCAGCGGCCGGGCGGCUGGGCCUGCCCGGCUCGGUGUCCGGGCCGGCGGCGCAGGCGUACGCCAUCUGUCGGACGGCAUUCUCCGGGCUGGCCCCGCGCUUGGCUCGAAAGAGCCUGCAAACGGCCCUCACCUGGACCCUGUUCGAGGAGAUCACUCGGCUGGUGAACCGGCUGGCGGCCUCCUCCUGAGGAUGCUGGCGACCCCUGGGCCUCUGUCCUCCUCACCCGGUGCUGGUGCCUGGAUUGAGAGCAGCAGCAGCAACGAGGGAGAUGGAACGCGGCAGAAGGACGCGCGGCCGUGACUGCACAAUAGAUUGUUAGAUUUUUCGG